AUGGGUCAGCUACCAUCAUCACGAGUUACCCCACACAGACCUUUCCACAAGAGUGGAGUUGAUUACGCGGGUCCAAUUCAAGUCAGACCUACAAAGGGUCGCGGUUAUCGCUCCACAAAGGGCUACAUAUGCUUAUUUGUGUGCAUGGUAACGAAAGCCCUACACCUUGAGGUGGUCAGCGACAUGACUGCGCAAAGCUUCUUGGCUGCAUUCAAAAGAUUUGUCGCACGAAGAGGCCAUGUCUCUGACUUGUGGAGCGAUAACGGCACUAACUUUGUAGGAAGUGCUAAAGAGCUUACAAAAUUGUUUUCCGCAGAAAGGUGUGUUGUAGUGGCGGAAAUACAGGUCUGGAUGUCCUCAAAUGGUACUAACUGGCACUUUAUUCCUCCCCACUCUCCAAACUUUGGAGGGUUGUGGGAGGCAGGUAUUAAAUCUGCCAAGUACCAUCUAAAACGUGUAAUUGGAGAUAGCACCCUUACUUUUGAAGAGUUGACUACCACGUUGUCUCAGAUUGAGGCGUGCCUCAACUCGAGACCCAUUUGUCAGAUAUCGAACAACCCUGAUGACCCAAAUCCACUUACUCCGGGUCACUUUUUAGUAGGCGAACCUCUUGUUCUCGUACCAGACAUGAAUUACGAAACCUCUAAUAUUAGUGCCCUGAGUAGGUGGAAUUUAACCCAACGCAUGGUCCAGGACUUCUGGCGUAGAUGGUCCCAAGAGUAUCUGACUCAGCUCCAUCAUCGUUAUAAAUGGUCGGGCCAAGUUCCUGAACCAGACGUGGGAAGUGUAGUAUUGGUCAAAGAAGACGAUCUCCCACCAGCGAGGUGGUUACUAGGUAUCAUCACCGAUAAGCACCCAGGGUUGGACGGUCUCACGCGCGUAGUAAGCUUAAAAUAUAAGGGCAAUAUCAUAAAACGACCAGUAUCUAAAUUAGUAUUAUUACCCAAAGAUUGUGUUUAA